GAGUCGGACUCUGAGCCGGGGAGGGGGCACUGUUGUCAUUCACCAAGGCUGUGUGUCAAGCUUUUGUCCAGGAGAAAUGGCUGGGAUUAAAGCUCUCAUCAGCUUGUCCUUUGGAGGGGCCAUUGGCCUCAUGUUCCUCAUGCUAGGAUGUGCCCUCCCUGUGUAUGACAAAUACUGGCCUUUGUUCCUCCUCUUCUUCUACAUCCUCUCUCCCAUCCCUUACUGCAUCUCGCGGAGGGUGGUUGACGACACAGACUCGGCCAGUAACGCCUGCAAAGAGCUGGCCAUCUUCCUCACGACGGGCAUAGUCAUUUCAGCCUUCGGCCUGCCCAUUGUCUUCGCAAGAGCUGAAGUUAUCGCCUGGGGGGCGUGUGCGCUUGUGCUAACGGGUAACGUAGUCAUCUUCGGGACCAUCCUGGGCUUCUUCCUCGUCUUCGGAUCCAACGACGACUUCAGUUGGCAGCAGUGGUAAAACAGCAGAGGUGGGAGUGGGAGACCUUAGUCUGAACUGUUUUUAUUAGCAUUAUUAUUAUGGUAUUAUUGUUUGGUUCUUGUUGUUGUUAUUUAUAUGAUGACCGCCCAUCAAUAGACUCACACCAAACCCGUGCAAUACUUUGUUUUUCUUUUCUUUUUUUACCGCCUGCAUUGUACUGAACUGACACUAGUGGGAUGGAAAAUGCUGACUUUCAGUUGGAUUUUUUCCUCAUUUGAAGUUUUGCUCUCUGACUUCUGUGUUUGUGAGUUUUCUCCAUCCGUGUGUCCGCUUUCAUUUCAAGCGUUGUAACCCAGGCGAUGGUGAACAACUGCUUGUGUUAUCUGUGAAAAUAUGUUGAAAAAAAAAAAUCCAAUUGAAUGUCUAAGAAGAUUUAAUCUGACCAAAAGGACACGGUCAAGGUUGUCUGGCCUCCUUUUUUUCCAGUUACUCUGAGAAUGCUGUGAAGAAGCUUUUUCUAUUUGAGCGAGUUGAGAGUAAAUCAACAGAAAACUGAUGGAAGAUCUGCACAGUAUGAGCUCAGAUUUCACCACCUCUUAUGACAAAGCUCCAUUUUCAUUUCAAUUGAUUUGAAACUGUUCUCACAUUAAAGGGUAAGAAAUUCAGCUGAUAGAGUGCAGAUGUUGUUGUCAGCUUUUUCGUUAAUGUAAAACUAAACUAGAAAUGUAAUCACUAAGCUGUGAAACAAAUCUAGAUGAUCAGUGUGUUUGUGAAAGAACUGGGCUGUUACUGCCACCAUCCUUACACACCUUUCAAACCCUUUUAAUGUGUAAAUGUGAUUUAAAUCAGCUGUCUCUCCAGCUGUGGGAUCUGUCUUUCUGUUUCUCAUCACACAAAAUAAGGAGGUCAUUUUCAGAAGUGUUUGUUUCCUCCCUCAACUCAAGAGGAUUCAUUCGAACACCUUGACCACCACCGCAGAGAUCAAAUUAAACUGACUCUGUGAUUUCCCAGGUGCCAACUGGAUGCAGGCUGCUUAUUCACCAUUUUGUUUAGCAUCUGAUAGCUCUUACCUCACUGUACGUAUGGGUUAGGCUCGCCUCGUCAGGUCAAGAAAGCAUGAAAAGCCUGUAGUAGCCGGCAGCUAGCGUAGGAUUAGCUUGAGGACAGCAGCCAAGCUACAGUAAGACCUGGGCUACUUAUAAACAACGCCUGGUCAGUCACUAACAGCCGUUAAGCUUUUAAAUGUGACUGCUUUGUUCUGACUCCUUCAAUGUAAAAGAAUCCAGACACUAUGCUUGGUGUUAAUUAAGCACAUUGGGUCCAAAUUUGGUACACACACACACACACACACACACACACACACACACACACACGCUGUCGCAUUUCCUCACACCAGCAUUUCCAGGAUAAAAACACAAGUUAUGUUUUAUGAUUUCUUUUUCUUUUAAUGUUGACGUUUUUCUUUGUUUUCCAGCCUGUGUGAAGGAAAUGUUUAUGUUGGUCAUUGUAAUCUGUUACAGCUCUGGGAUCAGCAGUCUGUUAUGUUUAACUGCAUUAGCUGUAGCUAAACAAGGAGUUAAGCAUCUGCUGCCUCGUUUAAGCACUGGUGUGUUGGAUGGAGAGUGGAGUGUCGAACAUUUCCUGUUACAUGUUGAUUUUGUUGUUAUUUUUUCCUGUGGAUGGCGCUGUUUGAAAAUGUGCUCUCUGGAAGAUAAAAGUUAGAAUUUCUUUUUUCUUGAAUUAUGUUUUUACAUUUAAUUUUGUCCCAUCAUUUCAAGAGUAAAAGGUUUUAGUCAUUUAGGGCUGCAGCUAAUGAUUACGUUCAUCAUUGACUAAUCUGCCAGUUAUUUCUUUUUCGAUUUAUUGAUUGAUCAUGUGGUCCAUAAAAUAUCAGAAACAUCAGUCCAGCCCCCAAAAUGUUUAAGUUAGGACCAAGAAAAGCAGCCAAUUGUCCCAUGGAAAAUGGAAGUCAAAUUUUUGAAAAUGUUGCUUGAAAAAAGUCUUAAAUUAUUAAUUUUUUUUGAUCAGUUCAGUGACUAAUUAUUGUAGCUUUAUAGUCAUUAUGUAUUUGCCUUGAAGGUAUUUUCUACCAUGGAUUUCCAUACACAGCAGAUUUCCAAUGGAAGUUAUGUAUUGUGAAAAAGGCAAACUCUGAAGCUCAUAGUAUUCACACAUUUUGUCCCACACUAACAGUAACAUUUUUAUUUUCAACCCCUUUUUUAUUGAUAUUAAAACCAAACAUGCGUUUAAUAAAUCUUGCUUGAAAGGAAUAUUUCACCAGUUUGGUAAAUACAGUAGCUGAGAGGUAGAUGUCUACACAUUACAUAUGGAGCUAGAGCGAGAAGGCGAUUAGCUUACAUUAGCAUAAACACACAAACAGGGGGAAACAUCUAGCCUGGCUCUGUCAGUUUGUCAGUAUUCCUACCAACACCUCUAAAGUUCACUAAUUAACAAUAUUUAUCUCAUUUGUUGAAUACGGACACAGACCGAAAUGUAAAAACAGCAUUUUGUGGUUUAACGGGAGUUAAAUACUUUAACUAUAAAGUUCUGGAUAAACUGUUGUUUUUCAAGAAGUUAAAACACAUAACUCCUUCUAAAACAACAAACUCUAUAUUUCUGUUUGUGUAUGUUUUAAAUGAAGUUACUUGUUAAAUGGUGGCGUUUAGAGAUGUUGGUAGAUGUUUUUUUUUUUUUACUUCGAAGUGAGUAAGACUUUUAGUUUUUCCCUGCUACCAGUCUUUAUGCUAAGCUAAUCGCCUCCUGGCUCCAGCACCAACAUCUGUCUUCUCAUCUAACUCUCAGAAAAAGGCAAAAACGAAUUAACGUUUUUGCCAAAAUCUCAUACUAUUCCUUUCAAGUGAACUUUAACAAAAAAGUGCACGACUAAUGUCCAACACAAAUGUUACAGUAUUUCCUGCAUAAAUUAGAAAGUCUUUCAAAAGGAGAAAAGCUAUAGAAAUCUGAUGAAGGAACCCGUGGUUCAGAAUAUGAACGGACAACGCUACAAACUGGCUUCAACACUCCACCUGUACCUGACUCUUCCAGAGAUCACAACCUCAGUGAAGGCACUGAUUGUAUUAAAAGCACCACAGUGAUGGCUGCUUUUCACUUUCUGUUGAAAACAUAUGUAAAAAGAAAACAAAAAAAUACCUAAUGUUGAAAACUACUGACAUGAUCUGUGCAUGUUAUUAUGUGACACCACUUUGAAUCUAAAGAAAAUGCUUUUAACAGUGGAUUUGCCCUCUGGUGGUCGUCGGAAGGCCUGACUGUGGUUUGACGAGCAGGGUGACUCCACAUUGUGUUCCUGAGGCGUGAACGUCUGUAUGGAUUUUCAGCUAAAUUUGUCAAAAUUUCUCUUGACUUUCUGUUUUCUGCUGUUAACUCCCUGAUGUGACAGAGCCUGGUGUGUAGCUGUGGGAUGGGUACCUCUCUGUUUCUGUUUUAAGACGUAUGUUACAUUUUGUUUUUUGGAGGAGGAGGAGGAGGGGGAUGAUAUUGUAUUUAUUUAUUUUAUGUGACGGUUGGUGUCAAUGUCCAACGCCAUUUUCUAUCUACAACUUUGUGUUAACGAGGCAGAAGUCAGCAUCGUGGGUUUUCUUUUUUUAAAUAAACGCCAUUUUUGAA